AAGUUGAGGGGAGGGGGUGAAAGAGCCGGCGAAUUCUUUUUCUUUUUCUAUUAUUAUUUUGAAGACUCCCGAGUUGCGCCCAUGCUCUUGUCAGCUUCGUUCUAGGCGUAGCACGGCCAGGCAGAAGAAAAUGGGGCAAAGCGUGCUCCGGGCGGUCUUCUUUUUAGUCCUGGGGCUUUUGGGUCAUUCUCACGGAGGAUUCCCCAACACCAUCAGCAUAGGUGGACUUUUCAUGAGAAACACGGUGCAGGAGCACAGCGCUUUCCGCUUUGCUGUGCAGUUAUACAACACCAAUCAGAACACCACCGAGAAGCCCUUCCAUUUGAAUUACCACGUAGAUCAUUUGGAUUCUUCCAAUAGUUUUUCUGUGACUAAUGCUUUCUGCUCCCAGUUCUCGAGAGGGGUGUAUGCCAUCUUUGGAUUCUAUGACCAGAUGUCAAUGAACACGCUGACCUCCUUCUGUGGAGCUCUGCACACGUCCUUUGUCACACCCAGCUUCCCCACUGAUGCAGAUGUGCAGUUUGUCAUCCAGAUGCGCCCAGCCUUGAAGGGCGCUAUUCUGAGUCUUUUGGGUCACUACAAGUGGGAGAAGUUUGUGUACCUUUACGACACAGAAAGAGGAUUUUCCAUCCUCCAAGCGAUUAUGGAAGCAGCAGUGCAAAACAACUGGCAAGUGACAGCAAGGUCUGUGGGAAACAUAAAGGACGUCCAAGAAUUCAGGCGCAUCAUUGAAGAAAUGGACAGGAGGCAGGAAAAGCGAUACCUGAUUGACUGCGAAGUUGAAAGGAUUAACACAAUUUUGGAACAGGUUGUGAUCCUGGGGAAGCAUUCAAGAGGUUACCACUACAUGCUUGCUAACCUGGGUUUUACCGAUAUUUUGCUAGAAAGAGUCAUGCAUGGGGGAGCCAACAUUACAGGAUUCCAGAUUGUCAACAACGAAAACCCUAUGGUUCAGCAGUUCAUACAGCGCUGGGUGAGGCUGGAUGAAAGGGAAUUCCCUGAAGCCAAGAAUGCACCUCUAAAGUACACAUCUGCAUUGACGCACGAUGCAAUACUGGUCAUAGCAGAAGCUUUCCGCUAUCUGAGGAGGCAGCGAGUGGAUGUGUCCCGGCGAGGCAGUGCUGGAGACUGCUUAGCAAACCCUGCUGUGCCCUGGAGUCAAGGAAUUGAUAUCGAGAGAGCUCUGAAAAUGGUGCAAGUACAAGGAAUGACUGGAAACAUCCAGUUUGACACUUACGGACGUAGGACAAAUUAUACCAUCGAUGUGUACGAAAUGAAAGUCACUGGCUCUCGGAAAGCUGGCUACUGGAAUGAGUAUGAAAGGUUUGUGCCUUUCUCGGAUCAGCAAAUCAGCAAUGACAGUGCAUCCGCAGAGAACCGGACCAUAGUAGUAACCACCAUUCUGGAAUCACCAUAUGUAAUGUAUAAGAAGAAUCAUGAGCAACUGGAAGGAAAUGAGCGAUAUGAAGGCUAUUGUGUAGACUUAGCCUAUGAAAUAGCCAAACAUGUAAGGAUCAAAUACAAAUUGUCCAUUGUCGGUGACGGGAAAUACGGUGCAAGGGAUCCGGAGACUAAAAUAUGGAACGGCAUGGUUGGGGAACUUGUCUAUGGGAGGGCUGAUAUAGCUGUUGCUCCACUCACUAUAACGCUGGUCCGUGAAGAAGUCAUAGAUUUCUCAAAGCCGUUUAUGAGCCUGGGCAUCUCCAUCAUGAUAAAGAAGCCUCAGAAAUCAAAACCAGGAGUAUUCUCGUUUCUGGAUCCCUUGGCUUAUGAAAUCUGGAUGUGCAUCGUCUUCGCUUACAUUGGAGUCAGUGUAGUUCUUUUCCUAGUCAGCAGAUUCAGCCCUUACGAAUGGCACUUGGAAGACAACAAUGAAGAACCUCGUGACCCGCAAAGCCCUCCUGAUCCUCCAAAUGAAUUUGGAAUAUUUAACAGUCUUUGGUUUUCCUUGGGUGCCUUUAUGCAGCAAGGAUGUGAUAUUUCUCCAAGAUCACUCUCCGGUCGCAUUGUUGGAGGGGUUUGGUGGUUCUUCACGCUGAUCAUAAUUUCUUCCUAUACGGCCAAUCUCGCUGCUUUCCUGACUGUGGAGAGGAUGGUUUCUCCCAUAGAGAGUGCUGAAGACUUAGCUAAGCAGACUGAAAUUGCAUAUGGGACCCUGGACUCCGGCUCAACAAAAGAAUUUUUCAGAAGAUCCAAGAUUGCUGUCUAUGAGAAAAUGUGGUCUUACAUGAAAUCAGCAGAGCCAUCUGUGUUUACCAAAACAACAGCAGACGGAGUGGCCCGAGUGCGGAAGUCCAAGGGAAAGUUUGCCUUCCUGCUGGAGUCAACCAUGAAUGAGUACAUUGAGCAGAGAAAACCGUGUGAUACGAUGAAAGUUGGUGGAAAUCUGGAUUCCAAAGGCUAUGGUGUGGCAACCCCUAAAGGCUCAGCAUUAAGAAAUGCUGUUAACCUGGCAGUAUUAAAACUGAAUGAGCAAGGCCUCUUGGACAAAUUGAAAAACAAAUGGUGGUACGACAAAGGAGAGUGCGGCAGCGGGGGCGGUGACUCCAAGGACAAGACCAGCGCUCUGAGCCUGAGCAAUGUGGCAGGCGUUUUCUAUAUACUUGUCGGAGGUCUGGGGCUGGCCAUGAUGGUGGCUUUGAUAGAAUUCUGCUACAAAUCACGGGCAGAGUCCAAACGUAUGAAACUCACAAAGAACACCCAAAACUUUAAGCCUGCUCCUGCCACCAACACUCAAAAUUACGCUACAUACAGAGAAGGCUACAACGUGUAUGGAACAGAGAGUGUUAAGAUCUAG